UCAUCAUCACAAUUCACAAAUAAAUAAUAAACACAUCACUCUUUUGCCAUGGGAAAAAUUUCACUUGCUGCUCUUCUUUUGUUUUUCUUGUUGGCAGUUACAACUGCCAACAUGUUCACCGUCACGGAGUCCGUGACGGAGGACGAUAUCGAAAAUCAACGGUCACGGAGCUGCCAAGAGCAGAUCCAGACGCAUAGGCUCGACCACUGCAGGAUGCUCCUUUCAAGAAACGAGCUAAGCAUGGUGACGGAAGACGACGAUGAGAUACGCAAUCAACAGGAACAUCUCCAACAAUGCUGCCAAGAAUUGAGGAACAUUGACACUCACUGCCGCUGCUCGGCACUUAAAACGAUGGUGACGCGGGAGCCCGAGCUCAUGUCACAGAGAGCUCGGUCCCUCCCCCGCGCCUGCAACAUCGAGCCCACUGAAUGCUACAGCAUACUGGACCCUGAGCGAACACAACAGAAAUCCAGGUCAACAAUAAGUUUUGAGUAUUCUGGUGGUGACAAUUUCACAGUCAGAGCUAACGAGGAAGACGUGGGAUCCAGCGAGAAAACAGUGGAAAAUCAGAAGGCUAUUUUUUUGCACCUACAAAUAUCCCACAUUUUCAUUCUCCAUUCUCAUCAACCAUAUAGUUUUCUAUUUCAAUUUUCAUCUAACAUUUAUUUAAUUUUAUUCUUUGUCUUCAUUAUUUUAUUUUAUUUUAUUUUUUCCCCAAUGGCUCAAAUAACAAGUUCAAGAUCAAAUACAAAAGUUUUUUAUUUUUUGGGCUUGUUCAAUAUUUUGUUGAUGUUACAAAAUGCCAACUGUUAUGAGUUUAAAGUUGGAGGCUCUGGAGAUUGGAGUGUCCCUAUGGAUGCCAAUGCUAAUAAUUACAAUCAAUGGGCUGAAAGGAGUAGAUUCCAAAUUGGUGACACUUUAUCUUUUAGCUACUCUGCUGAUAAAGACUCAGUGCUUCUUGUAAACAAGGCAGAUUUUGACAAUUGCAACACUGCUUCUCCCAUUGAGAAGUACAGUGAUGGACAGAGUGUGGUUAAGUUUAACCACUCUGGUGCAUACUUCUUCAUUAGUGGUGUUCAUGACAACUGUGUCAAGAAUGAAAAGUUGCAUCUUGUAGUCAUGGCUGAUAGAAGUCACAACAACCAAACAGCUUCUUCUCCUCCUCCAUCCCCAUCAGUAGACGAAGUUCCUCCGUCUCCGGCCCCGUCUGGUGAGGAGGCACCAUCACCACCAUCUGACUCAGGUGAGACCAACCAAACACCAGCUCCCUCUCAAGAAUCAUCUCCUCCGAAGAAUGGUGCUUCGUCGACCGUUAUGAGCUUUGUUGGCUCUGCUGCAGCUCUUGUUGGUUCAUCCAUACUGUUGGGGUUCUGAUAAAAGAGAUGAUUGACUUGUUUGUAUUUGUUUUGUUUUGAUUGUUUUCAUUUUUUGGGUUUUGUGUUUCAUGAUUUUCCUACUUUGUUCUCAGUGAAUGUAGCUGAGAGUAAAAGGGUGUAUUGAUUUGUAUUGGUUAUAUGUGAUGAAAAAUAAAUAAACUAAAUGUUUGUGUAUAGA